CUGUUUCCAUGGUGAUGACGCUGGGCAGGUUUUUCAGAUUAGCUGGGUAGACACUUAGCAAAUAUAGCCGUAGUAAGUCUUUUAUUUUAUCAAGCUAAACAGAGACAUUAAAAGCUGAAAUCAUGGCAUCGGUUUUAGAUGCCCUCUGGGAAGACAGGGACGUCAGAUUUGACAUAACGGCACAGCAGAUGAAAACUCGCCCUGGAGAGGUAAUGAUAGACUGCUUGGACUCAAUAGAAGACACCAAAGGAAACAACGGCGAUCGAGGUCGGCUCUUGGUAACAAACCUGAGGAUCAUUUGGCAUUCUUUGGCUCUGCCAAGAGUCAAUUUGUCUGUGGGUUACAACUCCAUCAUAAAUAUCACCACUCGGACAGCAAACUCUAAACUGAGAGGCCAAACUGAAGCACUCUACAUCUUGACAAAGUCCAACAACACAAGAUUUGAGUUCAUUUUUACAAAUGUUGUACCUGGAAGUCCACGGCUCUUCACUUCUGUCAUUGCUGUACACAGGGCCUAUGAGACCUCUAAAAUGUACCGGGACCUGAAAUUACGAGCUGCUCUUAUUCAAAAUAAGCAGCUUAGACUGCUACCCCGGGAACAAGUGUACGACAAAAUUAACGGAGUCUGGAAUUUAUCCAGUGAUCAGGGGAAUCUUGGGACCUUCUUUAUCACCAAUGUCCGGAUUGUAUGGCAUGCCAAUAUGAAUGAGAGUUUUAAUGUCAGCAUCCCUUAUCUCCAGAUUUGGUCCAUCAGAAUAAGAGACUCAAAGUUUGGCUUGGCUUUGGUGAUUGAGAGUUCACGACAGAGUGGAGGCUACGUACUUGGGUUUAAGAUUGAUCCUGUGGAUAAGCUUCAAGAUGCACUUAAGGAAAUCAACUCAUUGCAUAAGGUGUAUUCUGCUAACCCUAUUUUUGGAGUGGACUAUGAAAUGGAAGAAAAGCCCCAGCCGCUGGAAGAGCUCACAGUGGACCAGCCUCCUGAUGAUGUGGAAAUUGAGCCCGAUGAACAGACUGACGCCUUCACUGCUUACUUUGCUGAUGGCAACAAGCAACAAGACCGUGAGCCGGUGUUCUCUGAGGAGCUUGGCCUAGCCAUCGAAAAGCUGAAGGAUGGUUUCACUCUGCAAGGACUCUGGGAAGUCAUGGGCUAAAAUAACAUACACGUACAUGUACUGUAAAUAAUACAGGCUAUUAUUCAUGGGGCAGGUUGUACAACAUACGUAUAUUUAUUUUUGGCUACUGGUAAAGGCUGUGAUUGUCAACAUUUAUUGUGGGGUCAUUUGUACAAAGCAUUUUUCUUCCUCACAGCCACAAUAUUGUGUUUAAUGUAUGUAUUGUUUUGUAGUAAAUAAAUGUAUUUAGAUAGA